UGGAACAAAGCGAUGUUGUCUUGGCUGAACAGGUACUACUAAACGAGACGGAAACUUGCAAAAAACGACAUAAGUAAAGUUAGAGCUCCCUCGAAAUUCCUCCUCAUUAGAUUAUGCAAUAUAGCACUACACUGUCCCUCGACGAGGAUGAGCAACUAGGGUGAGAAAAGCCACCCUUGGCAAAUUACCAUUGUUAUUAAUAUGAAUGAAACAUAAAUAUUUGGAUAGCGGGAAAGCUUGCAACGUGCGAGAAUUGCCCUGUUUUGUUGCAAUUGUUACGGAUUAUAGGCUUGUUCAGAAAGUAAGACUGGGGAUUAUAGAAAUUGACGAACGAUGUGUACAGGAUUUUUUGAAUGACUAACACAGCUAACACAGCACUUGACUGGUUUCCUUGACGUGGAAUCAGCAUGAAGCGUUAUUCUUUCGCCGGUUCUGGAACGAGUAGUUUUCAGAGCUCUUCGACGGGUAGCUUUCAGAGCUCUUCGAAGAGUACUUUUCAGAGCUCCUCGUUUACUCGCACUCGUUCGCGUUCUCACUCGUCCAGCUCAAAUUUAUGGAGUAGCAGCCUUAGUUCUACGUCUAACUACUUCGAGGAUCCGGAAUUUCCAGCAAAGGACGAGUCCGUGUUCCAUUCCAAGAAACCACCGAAGCCAUUUGAAUGGAAGCGACCAUGGGAAAUCUGCAGCGAGCCUCGGUUCUACGUGGACGGCGCGAGUCGGCUGGACAUCAAGCAGGGGGUCUUGGGAAACUGCUGGCUCCUUGCCGCCAUGUCAGUGCUGGCUCAACACAAGCCGCUGGUGGAUCGGAUAAUGCCCGAGGGCGUGUACGAGGCGGACAGGUUUUCGCCCAGGUACACGGGCAAGGUUGUGUUCAAGCUGUGGCAGUACGGGGAGUGGGUGACGGUUAUUAUUGAUGAUCGAUUGCCGACAUACAAAGGCAAACUGGUGUUUGUCCACUCACCAGAGAAGAACGAGUUCUGGUGCGCGCUGCUGGAGAAAGCGUACGCAAAGAUCCACGGGUCUUAUGAAGCCUUGAAAGGCGGAUUGACGGGCGAGGCUUUGGAAGACUUCACGGGGGGUCUGUCAGAGGUGUUUGUCCUUGAGGAUGCGCCCGCGAACCUAUUCCAAAUAAUGCAGCGGGCUGAGAAACGAUCGGCUUUGAUGGGAUGCUCUAUAAACGCAUUUGCUGGCGAGAUCGAGACUGACGCCGGGAUGGGUUUGUACAAAGGCCAUGCGUACAGUAUCACUGCCGUCAGAAAGGUGUUCCUGUCGACCCGUGGAGGGGUGGAGCUGAUACGCAUUAGGAAUCCUUGGGGAGACGAGAAGGAGUGGACGGGAGCCUGGGGAGACAGAUCACCUGAGUGGCAAGAGUUGUCACAAGAUGAAAAACGCUCGCUUGACCUGGAAUUUGAUGUUGAUGGUGAAUUCUGGAUGUCGUUUGAAGAUUUUAAAAGCCACUUUGAUAAAUUAGAAGUGUGUAUGCUGGAUGUGGAGAACGCAAUCGACAAAACGCAAAUCUCAUUCAACUCGAGACUCGAGAAUGGCUCUUGGCGAAAACACGUGAGCGCAGGAGGCUGCCGGAAUUUUCUGGAAACAUUCCACACCAACCCACAGUUCAGGAUAACACUUCAUGACGGCAAUGAAGACGAGGACAACUUGUCUACUGUCGUGAUCGCGCUUAUGCAAAAAGACAGACGCCGCUCAACUUUGGCGAACCCUAUCGGCAGCAACCACACCAUCGGCUUCGCCCUGUACAAGAUUGACGUCAUCACCAAAAGGAAGUACGGCGUCUCACGGCUUGAUAAAGAGUACUUCCAGUUUAACAAGUCUACAGAGCGCUCCACGUUCAUCAACAGUCGUGAGGUCGUGGGCCGAUUCGAGCUUGCACCAGGCGAAUACGUUAUCGUGCCCUCUACUUUCAUACAGAACGCAGAAGCAGACUUUCUCCUAAGGAUAUUUUCAGAAAAGGCCGUGUCUUCGAGUGCACUGACGGAGUCCACGUUUUUCGGUUCCUUGGGAAUCGACCAGGUCGAUUUAAAGGACAUGAAUGACGCAGAGAAAUUCCGGGUUUUCUUCGACAAAUUCGCAGGAGAGGCAGAAGAGAUAGACGCCGUUGCUCUUCAGAGGAUCCUGUCUAUAGCUUUUUCACGAGAGUUUCGUCUUAACGUUGCCAGGGCUAUUGUCAACGUGUUUGAUGAGAACCACAGUGGCAUGCUGGGAUACGAGGAGUUUCUGCUAGCUUAUCUCAGAACAAAAGAGUGCAUGGCAAUCUUCAAACGUUACGACAUCGACGAAUCCGGAAGCAUCGAAGCAUUCGAGUUAAGAUAAGCGCUGUUCGACGCCUAUCCAAAGCUUUCCCUCAGUCAAGAGGUCCUGCAAGCCAUCAACGCGCGUUUUAGCACCGGCGAUGGCAAAAUCAACGUGGAUGACUUUGUGGAGAUCUCAUGUCGCUUUGAUAGAUUUUACAGACUCGUCAGUAUGUUUUUGAACCCUGAUGGAAGUUCGAUCACACUUACAACAGAACAGCUCGUAAGGACAGGGAUGAGCAUGUGAGGCGCUGAGGAAACAGGCCUCUACAGAUCACACACCAGUGAGGAAAAAUUGACUGGCUCAACCCCCUUAGUCUUUCGCAUUGGCAUGUUUCGGGCAAAGUAACGCGACCAGCAAAUAAUGGCAAGAGGACAAGCGGAAGUAUUUUAUUACCGCAAGGCCUACUAUUUGAAACUCGGGUACAAAUAGCUUCUGGUAUCCAGGGUACUAAUGAAAUUUUGUAUGAAAAACACGCGAUUUUUUAAAAGCAAUUAGCAAUUCUAAAAAUGGCGGUUUUAGAUAGUUUGUACUUGAUUAGACAAAUCUUUCAU